AUGRCGUCGCCCUCAUCAUCCUCCCUCUUCUCGCCCGUCUUCGCCGAAACGCCGACGUCUCCAUCAUAUCGCUCCGCAUUUCCAUUCCCAGCCCAGGAUGUUGCCUCGCGUCAGCCCUCGGGACGCUAUCAACCACGGAGAGGCAGUGCUGCGAGUAUACAGUCUGUGGGAUCGAUAGGCGGCAGUCUAGACAUAUCGCGCCGGGGCAGCACUGUCCGCGRGACGAGUCAGAAUGCCAUUUCCACUCUCCUCCAGCCACCCAUUGUCCGAACCGGUUUGGUCCCACAUACACAAGCUUCAGCAGCAGCAGCGGGAUAUCGUGCGCCUACAACAAAAGACAUCCCACCUGUAGCCUUGACAAAUGUGCCCAGCGUGCCUCAGGAGAACUUCCGCGAAUACUUGGCCAAGAUUGGACCACUUUUCGAUAGCUUGCACAGAGGGAGAGCGGAGCCCGAGCAGGCKCCAUGGUUGAGAAAAGACAACGAUUUGGCGCAGACGGAUCGCUUUGCGGAGGCAUUGCAGAGGAAGGUCAGCUCGGCGAGGAACAGUACACCCAGCUCACCCGCCGCUUCGAGAUAUGGAGAUGUCUCGCCUCUCUCACCAGCCGAACCACCGAUGAAAAGGAGAUCGUCAGGACAAGUAAGACGAAAUCGCAACGAGCCCACUCCAUUAUCAACCAUCCCGGGCGUGUACUUCGAUGACCAGUUCCACCUGGAGAACCCGCGGACGUUUGACGUUGUCAGCGAGAAUGCCGAAAUUGUGCGCCCGCCACCUGGUACGCCUAUCGUUGAACAAAAGGCUGCAAAUGGCUCCGCGCUUCCUCCUAGAAAAGCUCUAGCCACGAAUGCCAUCUUACAGGAGAAGCUCAGUUGGUACAUGGACACAGUGGAGGUACACCUCAUCAACAGCAUCAGUACCGCUAGUAGCGGCUUCUUCGCUGCUCUUGGAUCGUUGAAGGAAUUACAAACAGAGGCCGAGGAGAGUGUGGCCAAGAUUCAGAGCUUACGGGAGGACCUACGCAGACUGGACAAAGAGGUAGCAGUUUCGGGCCUGGAGGUGGCAGCAAAACGUAGGCGUAGAGAGAAUGUUGGGAAGCUGGGCCGUGCAACAGCACAAGUGCAAAGCGUAGUGGAGAACGUCAAGAAAGCAGACAGCUUGGUAGACGAGGGUGCUUACGAUGCUGCAGCAGAUCAAAUGGACCUUGUGGGAAGACUGGUCUGCGGAAAGUCAGAAGUGGGCGAGAAAGAUCAAGAGCUGAUCGACCUCCGCCCGCUGAAAGCUCUGCAAGGACUGGAUUCUGGUCUACAGGAACUCCAGCUGCGAAUCGGCACGGGUUUUGCACAUCGCUUCACUACCAUCCUGAUCGACGACCUUCGUGCUCAUGUGAAGAACGUUUCCAAUUCGGACACUCUCAAGCGCUGGUCGCGCCAACGAGGAGUUCCACCGACAUACAUGGAGACAUCUCCCCAACUUCGUGCAGAUCUCUUAUCAGCUUUGAACGGCCUUGCCAGAGCAGGGCAUACAGCACCUGCGACAGCUACAUACCGCGAAGCUGUSAACAAAGAGAUGAAGACUCUCAUCAGAAAAUUUCUUCCUAGCAGUAGCGACGAUGAUGCAGAUUCGAUGAUCUCUACUUCUACAAGGGGUGGCAGGAGCGCCAUGAGCCAGCAGGAGAAAAGCAGUAUCCUCGCUCGGAAUCUACGCGCUCUCGAUCCUGAAGAUGCUGAGAAGCUUCUGGUGGGUGUAUAUACCUCUGUUGGGGAAGCUCUGCGACGGGUGUCAACGCAGACAAAGAUCUUGCUAGAUGUGACCAGCAGUGUUGCGCCUCCGGAUCCGACUUCGCCACGCCGUGCUGGGACACCGCUCGCAAAUGAGACCACGCCCAAGAUCACUGUUCAGGAGGAACUGUCUCAAACUUUGGACAUGUCCUCUCUUCUCGGUGUGGCAGUCGACACUGCCCAAACACAAAUCACCCGGAUCCUGAAGGUGCGGAAUGAACAGAGUAUCCGCCUACCUCUUCCUCUAUUCCUGAGAUACUUUCGUCUMAAUCGACUCUUCGCAGACGAGUGCGAAGCAGUCUCGGGUCGCGGCGGGAACGUCCUGAAAGGCAUCAUCAACGCACAAAUAUCUGGCUUCGUGCAGGUUUUGGGCACCUCCGAGACCGAACGAAUUGCAGGGGUUCUAGACGCGGACCUUUGGAACGCAGAAGACUUCACCCCAGAAGACGACAAUCUGCUUCAACGAAUCCUCUGCAGCGAGAAAGCGGAUCCCCCAGAAUGGACAAAUGCCACAAUACCCCUAUGGGAAGAUGCCAAUGUCCAGCUUUCACACACAACCACCAACGGCAGCACAGAGACGCCCAAAGCGCGCCCUGCAAAGAUUGGCGAGGAAUCUUAUGCGCUGCCCAAAUCUGCCAUUGCCCUCCUGCCUACAAUAUCCACCUUCCUCAGCCUCACCACUGACUUCCACUCGAGCAUCACACCGCAAACAACCACGUCCCUCCUUGAAUCCCUCAAGACAUUCAACUCCCGCUCCUGCCAACUCAUUCUCGGCGCUGGCGCCACCCGUUCUGCAGGCUUGAAGAACAUUACUACCAAACACCUCGCUCUGGCCUUUCAAUCUCUGGCAUUUCUUCUCGCUCUCCUCUCUCCGAUUCGAAGUUGUGUUCUACGACACGGAGGAAGCGGAAUGACGCACGAGUUCGAAAAAUUCGAACGCCUUGUCCGCGAACACCAAAGUGGCAUCCGGGAUAAGUUGGUGGAGAUCAUGGUCACUCGAAGCGGAGCGCACGUGAAAGCUAUGCAGCUUAUAGACUUUGACAAACAAGAUGGGAAAGAAGGCGAAGGGCUGAGCCCGUACAUGGAAACAUUGACGAAGGAAUCUCUGACACUGCACAGAGUUCUCGGGAGAUAUCUCAGCAACAUGGAAGUUGGAGUCAUCAUGGGCAGAAUUCGAGACGGAUAUCGCGAACAAUGGGUCAAAGCGUUCCGGGAAGUGGGCAUCAAGACGCAAGCUGGAAAGGAGAAGCUGGGACGAGAUGCGGGAGGACUGGAGAGAUUGGGCAAAGUCGAGGGGUUUGAUAGUGUGGGGAAGGAAGUCAAAGAAGUUGUGGAGGGGCGAGAGGUCAAAGCUGUCAAAGAGACCAAAGUUGUUGAGAAGAAGGAAAAGGAAAAGGAAAGCGAGGUGGAGGUUAUGUUUGAGGCUGAGGAGGAAGUCAAGGAUGAUAAUGAAGGUGUGAAGAAGUAG